AUGAAGCCGCCGCAGCUCAUGCGCGUGGGCACGAAGAAGACGCUGUGGGUCAACUUUCAGGAGAUUUGCAAGAUGAUGCACCGCAACCCGGAGCACGUGCUUCAGUUUACGCUCUCGGAGCUCGGCACGGAAGGCUCGAUCGAUGGCUCGCAGCGCCUCGUCAUCCGCGGUCGGUAUGUGCCCAAGUACAUUGAGUCGCUCCUCCGCAAGUACAUCACCGAGUACGUCACGUGCCAAAUGUGCCGCAGCCCCAACACGACCUUGACGCGCGACAACGUCUCGCGCCUCCACUUUGUCCACUGCCAAGAGUGCGGUUCGAGCCGCUCCGUCGCCGCCAUCCGCUCGGGUUUCCAUGCUGCGACCCGCGCCGACCGUCGUGCGGCCCGAAAGUAA